ACAUACUUCAUUGGAAAUUGUACAUGUGUAUUGUACAUGUUUGUUUGUAUAAACAGGGAUGGACUAAUGAAAACAAAACUGCUUUAGUGUUACUGACGCGAUAGGGUUGUGACAACGUACCACUGUCAUUGGCAAUAUGGCGAGGCUCGAGGCAGGCAAAAUAGUUGUGUUGACUGCGUACUAUAUUUACUACUUUCACUGCUGUUGUGGCACUUACGCACAAAUCGUUAAACCGAUCCAAGGAAACUGGACGUGGAGUGAAGCUUACUACCACUGCAGAGGGAGAAAUUUACGACUAGCGUAUAAGGAUGAAAUCACUGCCCAAGUCAACAUGUCAGAGACGGAAAUCAUGGAGGAUGACGUACUCUUUUGGAUUAAUGACAACAUGUGGCCAUCGGAGCCCCAAUAUCCUUGUGGUUGUUUGGAGACAAGUGAAGUAGACGGUAAUGCCGUGUUUGAAUCUGAUGAAUGCGCUAUGUGCUGCAAAGAUGUUCCACUGUUUGCUUUAAAGGAUUUCCAGUGUUUGUGUAAGGUUAAUAUCACUGGCCCUCUUAAUUGUACGACAUGUGCCGAUCCCGACAAAUAUCAUCUAUAUAAACACAUAGAACCCAAAGAACAGUGUCUGCUGAUGUAUGGAGCUUUACAAACAUUUGUCUUCAACGCUAAAUUUGUCAACUGUACUAUGAAGGCUGGGAUUAUGUGCAGAACAGCAAUGAAUGGAACCAAGUUUACUUGGCCAGAGGCACAGGCCCUCUGUCUUAACGCUAGCAGCAAACUCGUCAAUCUCAACAUGGUCAGUGAUCUUGAAAGGAAUAGGAGCAUCGAUGAGGUCGACAGCCGUCACUACUGGGCAAAUGGAGUGGUCAAGCACGGCAAAGCCGGGCAAUUUCAGAUCGUAGCAAUGAAUGGAACCAAGUUUACUUGGCCAGAGGCACAGGCCCUCUGUCUUAACGCUAGCAGCAAACUAGUCAAUCUCAACAUGGUCAGUGAUCUUGAAAGGAAUAGGAGCAUCGAUGUGGUCGACAGCCGUCACUACUGGGCAAAUGGAGUGGUCAAGCACGGCCAAGCCGGGCAAUUUCAGAUCGAAGAUUGCAUCGAGUCUUCAGGAAUGUUGGGCACUGACCCGAAAUUUGCCCAACAUCACUGGAAUUCUGUCUACAGUUGUCAUCAGAUGUGUAAAGGCAGCGGAAGGAUAGCCUUAAUGGGCGAGCAAUGUCGAUGUCUUAUGGCAGACGAGAACGUGACAGAUUCGAGAACAUCAGGAUGUACAACCCCUUGUGUUGGUAACACACGUGACCGAUGUGGCGGGAACAACAGCUACUCCAUCUACCGCCAAAUCCUACGGGAAGAAACGCAGCAGUCGGACGACUGUUCAGCUAUUACAAAGAAUAGCGAUAAUAAUAUUACCACAAACUGGCAGACCUGCCGACAGCGGCUAGAUGGGUGUAUUUGUAGAAACGGAACAAUUGAUACCAGUUAUGUAAUAAAUCGGGGAAACAUAACGUGGGCAGAGGCUCAAGUGGAGUGCGAAUACCACAAUAUGAUGUUGGCUACAUUCGAGACAAGCCCCAUUGCAAAAGACCAAUUGAGCGAUCUUCAAGAAGGUGCAACACUUUGGACAGGCGUGUACAGUCCAACCGUGUUGGAAUUUAAUAGUUCUGAAAUCCAGGAUGAUGAUAAAUGUUUGUCGGUCACUAAUUUUAAGAAGUCUGAGUACAAUACAGAGGAGAAGGAUUGUAACCAGCUCCAAGGAGUGAUCUGCCACAAUGAUGAAGGAGUUCUUCGUAACAUCACAACUUUACCAUAUGAUGACAUGAUGUCGGACAGCACUAGCCCGGAUGUCACUACUGGACGCAUGACAACAGUCUCCAUCAUAGCAACAAUCACCUCCUCUCCCUACACCGGCAUGUCACCUAUGAUAAUAGGUCUGAUCUGUACCGUGGUGUUGGUUGGUCUUGUCCUCGCUGUUAUCCUGGGCGUGCUUACGGUUCUCCUGUACAGGUUCAAAGAACAGAAAAGGCAGUUGAACAUGCUUAAAGGGCCUACGAUUAGCUACUCAAACCUUGAACAUAGCAUUGUUGUCAGUUAUGGGGUGCCUAGCAACGAGGAUUCGGGAGAGGAUAUUGGAAACCUAGACAACAUUACGGAGCAAAUGGACGCUCAAUUUAUGCGGAAGGACGAACAGUCUCCCGAUGAGAAAUCGGAACACCUCUAUGACAUCUCGGACAACGUUGAUAAUAAAAAUUCAAUAAAAAGUGAAAAUGGAAUUUUAAACGCAAGAGGGAAAACUUUCCCGGAACCGGAUGACGACGCAUACACUGAAGUUGAACUGUGUGCAGAAACCGGAAAUCCAACCUUUGUUUCGAAUCGCAAAAGUGGAAGUCUUAGAAGUUCAUCAUCGUCGGGAGAAGUUAAAAAUUUAAAAAUUAGCAAAAAUGAAGAAAGAACGCCAUUAUUGAAAGUAACCGAGAAAUGUAACGAAAGUGUUGAUAAAGACAAAAAUGAAAGUACUGAUAAAGAAACGUUUAAUGACGAUGAUUAUGAUGACGCGGAUUCCUGUGUAAGGCAUUGUAGUACGGAGAUAGAUAUGGACACAUACGAUGAGUUUGAAAAUAAAUCUCGUAAGCGGCCCAGGUCUAAUACAGAUUGUUUUUACGACCGAGUGACCAGUGACAGCUACGACGAAAUUAAAACCGGAGUAGCUGCCAAAGGAAAAAUUCAUUACGAGGAAGUUGAUCUUAACUUUAGUCUUCCAUCCUAAUAUCGAUGACUGGAAAUGCUGACACCGUCGAUAUUCUUUAUCUCGGAAUCCGUUAAUCAGAAAAACUCGUUACCGUAAUUGUCUUAUAGGGGUUUCAGAAUCCUCUGGAGAAAAAUAUUAAACCGGAAGUUGUACACAUAUCUUAACAGGAGCUGACGAAGGAGUAUGAUGACUUAGUAACGGGGCACUCGUGUGUCUCCUGUUAACACACGCGUUGUUAUAACCAAACCAACGCGGGGAAGGAGGGUUCAUAUUCACUCUUUGUCAAUAUAGAACAAAGUUAUGAAAACCAUCAAGUGGUUAAUACGAUAUUAAGAUAAACGUUGGAAAUUGGUAUCGAUUUGGGUACAUUGACGUUAUUUACAUUAUACAUCACUCAACAAAAUUCUUUCCUUCUAGAUCUAUGAAGAGUGAAUUUUAUCUGGCAAAUUCGUCGUACUGAGAAUCAGCGGCUUUACGAACUGUGAUAUUGUAUUACAAUGAAUGACAUUUUAAUGUGAAGAAAUAUGAAUAAAAAUAAAUGAAAACCAACUGAU